CUUUUCCAUACAAUUGAGACAUAUUGUUUUUACAGGAUGUCAAAAACCUUCUUGGACUAUUUGACACAACCCAAUCCUGAGCCAAAAGUGCACAAACAGGGGAAAGGGUAUAGCACAGCGACCCAGGCAGACUAUGGCCCCGACAGAUAUGACAUAUGGGAAGACAUCACGUGGGACAACUUGAAGGCCACGUUUGAACAUAUCCUAGAGAAGCCACUGGGUAAACCCUUUGUUCGUAGCGCAAAGGACAUACCUCUAGAAAAACUGGAUAUUUUUGAAGAAGAUUCCGUUACGCAACUAGCCGUUGCAUGGAAUGAACCGGUACUGCGCCACGUUUUUGAAGGGACCUAUAAAGCCAUAUGCGAAGAAAUUCCCCAGGAAGCUUUUCGCCGAGGAAUAAUAUGUCUCGAGAAGAACACAGGCCGGGGACACGUCAAAGGCGUGAAUGGCAAAAACCAGAUGCCAGACUGGUGCGCCUAUCAAAGGAAGCCUGGGCAGGGUCCAUACUUCCCUAACAUUGUUCCUGGGGAUUCCAAGCCUGCAGGUAAAUGGAAAUCAGAAUGGAUAGAUUCCAAGACACACAGCUUGAGAAGAAAAGCCCACCACGUGAUGGUCCAGAUAACCAAGUACAUGUGGGAAGCAAGGACACGGUAUGGGUUUAUCCUAAGCGAGGAAGAGCUAGUCCUUGUGAGGCUUUCUGCGUAUCCGAGGGAAGACCAGUUCGUGCAAACCCGUAAUGAAGGGGUGAAGCAAAGAGGCCAGAUUUUAGGUUCAGACCGAUUUUUCCAGAAUGAGGACGGGGAUGGCGAUGACGAUGAUACUGAUGAGGCGGAUGGGUGGUCCAAUCCACCAUCCAAUGCAUCAUAUGCGGGAGAUACCCGAAAGACUGGUUUGCAGGUUGAGUACUCUUGCAUUCCCUGGGUAGCGAGUGGUCACGAUGUCCUCACCAUGAAUCUUGCAUUGUGGUGGCUCCCCAUACUUGCAGUGCAAGAAAACUCCAUCAAACAAUCAGGAACUUACACAUCGUUGGGAGAAAUUAUACGUGGAACAAGUCCCGUAUUUGAACUAGAGCAGACGGAACGAGAUAUGCAGGACAGGUUCUACGGCGAAGAAGGACACCGGCACAAACGCAAGGUACAUGAAGAGGAAGAAGGCAACGAUGAUAUUGCAUCUCCUGUUCCUCCAAGCACGGACAAAAGAAGGCGCCCAAGUCUGAGAAGUAGAUCCUCCUUGCGCGUUAAGCAAGGGAGCGAUAAGAUUACAUCUCCUAUCUCUCCAACCAAGGACAGAAGAAGGCACCCGAAUCGCAGGGAUAGAUCCUCUACACGAGCCCACCCGUCAGUGACAAAUUUAACAUCUCAAGAUCAAUUGUCAAGAUCCGCCAGGUCAAGUCCCCAUAUAUUCCAGCAAUCAAAGAAGAGACGUGGACCAACCACGGAAGAAUUGGAACAUGAGAGGCCACCAGGUGAUGAAAAAUAUUUUACGUCGUUUCAGUCGAAUGUAUAGGCCCGGCGGUACUAACUUAGGUAAUCGUGGAGACAGCCGGAGUCCAUAAAGCUUUCAUAGACUCUGAUGGUUUCAAUUCCGUCAAACCGACUACGAGAAAAACCGUAGCUCAUUUGGUCCUGCUUUGUUGGUUGAAAAUAUGCUGGAUUUGUUGUGGAUGAAUGCUUAGGCUUUAAUAUGUAACCGUUUUUAUUUUAUAUGGAGCUUUUCAUACUAAUGG